AUGGUUAAUUGGUCGUUUGUCCUGACGAGUGCUUCUAUUCUUCUAGUAUUAUUAACGCAAAACAAUUUGAUAAAUGGUAAAACGAGCUAUGACGUCAAACUUCAACUAAAAUUCGUUGGUAGAAAUCUCGUGGUAACGAAGGCUGACAGGUCGGGUGUGACGUCGAACGGUUCCUGGAUCUUCAUCAGCUGGCCUUCCAAUGUCAAACCCAUUGUGUGGUUUGGAACUGCCUCCACUUUUGAAUAUCCUAUCCCUCCUACUUGCGACUUGAUAACUGCAAGUGUCUUUGUUCUGACAGAAAAUGGUGUUUCCGAUGUCAGUGGAAAUACUGUCAUCAGGGGUCUACCUGAAGCUCCAAGAAAACCGGUUGACCUGCAGGUGAUAUUCAACUAUAGCAUUUUUGGCCAUUCGAUCUCAUGGAAAAUGCCAAGAACAGAAACUCGGAAUUGUCUGCUUAUAUAUGAGUUAAAUCAGAGGCAGGAAAACGAAAAAGUCUGGCACUCAAUAUGCAACACAACCAACGAGGAAUAUCACAUUCCAUUGCUCCGCCCGAACACAAACUAUGAAUAUCGCGUGAGGGCACUGGUUGGGGAGGACAGGAUCCCUGGUCCGUAUUCUACGCCUGUCUCAAACAGAACUGGCCACUUACUGCGGACAGCUUUGGAAAUUUCGAAUAUUGAGUCGACUCUGAACAGCGUGAAGAUACACUGGAGACUCCUGUCUCCCGUGCAAGCGAACUAUGGGUAUCACCUAACCUUAGUGGAUGCAUCAAGGGAAAUACAUUUCGAUAUCCCUGCUGUCCAAACGUGGUACAAACUGACCAACCUGUCAUCUUGCACAGAAUACACAAUCCUCCUCACUUCCCAUUAUAUGUCAAUGAUCUCCUUACCGUUGGUCACUCGAACGAAAACAUAUCCUCGAGACCUUCCACAGAGCCCAGAGGUGAUUCGGACCAACAGUAAAUGCGGAUCUAUUUUCGUGUCCUGGAAUCCACCUGAAGAUUAUGAAUAUGUUUCAUCCUUCUCUGUCAUUGCUUACGCAGCCAAAACAAAGAAAAAGGUUGUGAGUGCAACAACGAACCUAGAGAUGUGGUUACACGAUUUGGAGUGUGAUGAACGUUACUAUUUAACGGUUUAUGCGUCCAACGCUUGUGGGCUCUCCAAAACGCCGUCUAUCAUGGAAGUCAUAGCCAUGGAACGAGUGCCAGCUUCCAGGCCCGAAUUUAUCACCUUCCAACCUAAACACGAUUCAAUAACUAUCGGUUGGAAUGGUAGCCAACCGACUCGAGUUGGGCUCAUUUAUCGAGUCGACUUCUGGGAAAUAAAUAGCACAAUUGGAGCUGCUCCACUGGACACAAUGACCACUCCAUACACAAACAUCACAAUCGGACGUCUUCCAUCGUGCACAAUGUUCUACUUGGAAGUCACAGCAUCAAAUCUUUUCGGAAAGUCAGAUACCGACAAAGCAAUAGUGGAAACUUUACCACCAAAGCCAAGCGCUCCGGACAAUUUACAAGUGCAUCAAAUUGACCAGACGACCCAUAAUAUCUCGUGGGAUGCUGUUAGUCUUUGCUAUAGUUUGUGUUCGAUAGCCUACCAAGUGAAUAUCUAUAACGAGACGGAUAACACAGAACUGAAUGAAACCAUAGUGCAAACAUUCUUCGCUCACUCCAACUUGGGACCCGAGCAGACGUACCACUACAAGGUACGCUCCCUGGCAGGAGAGAUACCGGUUGCAAGUGACUAUACAGAAACCGUGAUACUUUCGACUCCACCAGUUGAUGAAGACGGGCUACGGAGUGUCUGGAGUUACGUCAUCAUUGUUGGCCUUCUCUGCAUCCUGACCGUAUUCGUUCUGAUUGCUUUGAUCUACGGAAGAAAAGUGCGCACUAGUAUUCACUACGAACAUCAGAUCAACGAGUCCGAGGCUGACGAACCAUUCUCCCGGUCUAGCCUCCAUAAGAAGCAAACGACUCUUCCUCCUGAUUUUGUUGGCGCCGAAAGUAUCAACCUCCCCAAUGGAAUCACACAUAUGCAAAAUUGUGUUAAAUAG